AUGACCCCAUCAUGGCCAAAUCAAGCUCAAUGGCCCAAUACGUGGUUUAUGUCUCCACCGUGGCCAACUUAUCCUCAACCUCCGACAUCGUCGUCACCACAACCAUGUUCUGGGCUGCUCGGUCAAAAUCCACGGUCGGCAUACAUCUCCACCCACAAUCCGGUUGCCGCACAAGCUCCGUCAUCACCGACGGCGCCCAAUUCCGAGCUGAUUCCCACCACGUUGGCUCACACAUUCAAUACCGAUACGUUGGCCGUUCCAACUGAUGUGGGAUGGUACAUGGAUACAGGUGCCACCGCACACUUGAUGACGGCACAACCGGGUAAAAUCUCGACACUCACUCCUCAGGCUGAUUUACCAUUAAUUACAGUCGGAAAUGGUUCUCUUAUCCCUGCCACUGCAAUUGGGCAUGCCUCCAUCUCAUCUCCUUUACGAUCUUUACUUCUUAAGAAUGAUCUCACAACCCGAGCACCUCUCAUUCGAUGUCAUAGCAUUGGUCUUUUAUACGCUGUCACUCCUCCACGACACUUCUCAGGGACAAGAAUGGACUCUUUUUGGAUCAACGGAACUACGCUGCCGACAUUCUCCAUCGCGCCAACAUGUCUGAUUGCAAACCAUCUUAGCUGGAGCUCUUCAGUACCUAACCUUCACCAGACCAGACAUUGCGUAUACGGUUCAUCAGAUUUGCCUUUACAUGCAUGCACCGCGCGAACCUCAUUUCAAUGCAUUGAAACGCAUUCUCCGCUACACAAAGGCACGAUUACACAAGGAUUACAUAUCACACCAUCCAAGACCACAACUCUAACGGCGUACACAGAUGCUGACUGGGCAGGCUGUCCCAAUACCCGUCGCUCAACGUCGAGUUAUUGUCUCUACCUCGGUGAUAACCUCAUCUUGUGGUCUUCAAAACGACAGCACACGGUCUCACAGUCAAGUGCCGAAGCAGAAUAUCGAGGUGUCGCGAAUGCUGUUGCGGAAUUGGUUUGGGUUCGGAAUCUACUUCUCGAGAUUCACUAUCCGAUCACAACAACAACAUUGGUAUACUGUGACAAUGUGAGUGCGGUUUAUCUAUCCACUAAUCCGAUACAACAUCAACGCACCAAGCAUGUCGAGAUCGACAUUCAUUUUGUCUGCGAGAAAGUAGCUCUUGGCCAAGUCAGGAUGCUCCAUAAGCCAUCUUCACACCAAUACGCGGACAUCUUUACCAAAGGCUUACCCUCUGCUCUGUUUCAAGAUUUCAGGUCCAGUCUUCGCGUAGGAGAACCUCACGCUUUGACUGAGGGAGGGUAUUAG